AUGAACAGCUCUGCGUCUGCAGCUCCCAUCAUCUUCACCAUCUACAGCUCUUUUGGUCUUUAUAACUUUGCACUUGUCGUUUGCAUCUGUGUGCUGUACGUCUCAGGCCUGUGCAUCAACCUCGUGCUCAUCCUGGUUGUUUGCGUGGAGUCUCGCCUCCACAGGCCGAUGUACGUGCUGUUGGUCAACCUGGCUGUGAGCGGCGUGAUGGGCAGUUCAUCUGUGUGUCCCGCCAUUAUUAAACACCUGGUAGCUAACAGGCCUGAGACGUCUCUGGCAGGAUGUCUGACUCAGGUGUUUUUCAUCAACAUGUACAGCGGCUGUAUCUUCUCCAUCUUGGCGUUGAUGGCGUACGAUCGUUAUGUCUCCAUCUGUAAACCUCUGCUGUACCACUCCAUCAUGACGCCGGCCAGAGUCAGACUGAUGCUGCUACUGGUUUAUGUCGUCCUCAGCUUCCUCUCAGCCGUCCAGGUUUACCUGACGUCCAUGCUCCGACUGUGCUCACACACGGUUGAUAAACUUGCGUGUGACAGCAACGUGAUCGCAAAGCUCUCCUGUAAGAAGACACACGUGGUCAGCGUGUACGGUCUGUGCUGCGUCGUCUGUCUGAUGCUUCUGCCCUGUGUCCUGGUCCUGCUGUCAUAUGUUCAUAUUUUCAUGGUGGUCUGUAAAACGUCCAGAGUCUCUCAGAUGAAGGCGCUGCAGACGUGCACGCCUCAUCUCGUCACCUUCGUUAACUUCUCCGUGGCAACUUUUUUUGGUGUCCUCUACAACCGUCUGAAUAACCAGGUCCCGAAAGCUGUGACUGUUUUCACGUAUAUUAAUUUUUUUGUCGUCCCUCCUCUGCUGCAUCCCAUCAUUUAUGGUAUUAAAAUGCAGGAGAUUCAGCAGAGCAUAAGCAGAGUGAUGAAGGGGAGAGUUGUUCAGCUGUGA